AUGGCCGUCUACCCCUCGAUUCACAACGCAACUUACGAUUCAACCUUUGACAUGGACUACUAUAACCAAACGCAAUUCCCUUGGGUCUAUUCGCUCUAUAAACCCUAUGGUAUGAAGGGCUAUACUAUUACCCAGUUGGACAGUGGUGCCCCAUAUAGCGUUGCUACACUUAUGUAUUUCGACAAUGCCGACCAGUACCACGCGGCGCUGGCGGCCCAUCUCGACGAGAUUUGGGCGCGCGUGCCACUCUUCAGCAGCGAAUACCCUAUCAGCUACCCUGGCCAGAUCAUCAGCACUAUUGUGUAA